GGCGUCUGGGGUUCGCCGCGGCGCCGGGAGGACCCCUUCGUGAAGCACCUUCAGAAUUGGCCUCAUUUAACCCUGGGAGUAUCCAGACCGGGCCUCUUGAGGAGCUCCCGGGACGAGGGCGCACUAAUUAAUCCCGAGAGAAGGGUCGCACAAACCUGGUUCGAGUACCGGCUCCGCCGCCCUUUGGUCUUUGAUUUCUCACUUAACGGCUCGGCGUCUCAGUUUCUUCAUUUGUAUGAUGAAGCUGGUAAUUCUUGUCUUACAUGGUGGUUGUGAGAGUUAAAUGAGGCAGUAAGUGUAAAAGUUAGAACGAUACCUGGCACCGUCUAGAUCCUGGAUAAGCUGUAGUUAACUGCUCCAUCCGGGCUCGCCCGCCCCAGUUUCCAGUGUCAGAGGUGACUGAGAAGGUUACUUGGCUACUGGAGGCUGCUACCAAAAAGGGGGUACGUGGAUGGGGAAGAUGAAGAUCAAGUUUUGGACCUGAGACUCAUUGGGUGAUGAUUCCAUCGAGAUCAACUUGUAUGAGCAAAAGGAAUCUGCUAUAACUGAGGAAAUUGAGGCAACGAGAUAUUAAGUAACUUUCCUGGCUGUGUGGCAGAGUCUGCAAUUUGAACAGUUUGAACCCAGGAGGUCUACAGAGCUAUACCAGCUUUCUUUCGGCAAUUCGAACUUAUUGCAAACUCCGACUUCUUUUGAUUCUACAUAAGCCCCUAUGUCUCCAGCAGCCUCUAAAGCCCAGGAGUCCAGUGAAUCAUCAGAUAAAUUCAUGACCGAAAAACAGCAAGAAGAAGCAGAAUGGGAAAGCAUAAAUGUACUGUUGAUGACACAUGGCUUAAAACCUUUGUCCCCAGUCAGAAGAGCAGAUCUAAAAGAUCUUAUCAUUUUUGACAAACAGUCAUCACAAAGGAUGAGAGAGAAUUUUCAAACAUUGGUGGAAGACGCAGCACGUCAACAGAACAUGAUACGGGAGCUCAUAGAAACUAAUCAGCAGCUUAAAAAUGAACUUCAGCUGGAACAAAGGCGAGCAGCAGAUCAGGAACAACGAGCUAGUGACUUGGAACAAAUUAUGGAGAGUGUGAAAUCCAAAAUUGAUGAAUUAGAGAAUGAAUCCCUAAAUAGGGUUUGCCAGCAACAGAAUAAAAUAACAACUCUUCAAAAGGAGCACACAGCUUUACAGGUAAAAUGCCAGCGUUACAUGAAAAAGCGAAUGGAGCAACAAGAGACUAUUGCUUCUCUGCAAAAGAAUAUCUAUAGAUUAACAAAGGAGGAAGAAGAGCGCAUUGUCACUCAAAACAGAGUGUUUGCCUAUCUCUGUAGAAGAGUUCCUCAUAGUGUCUUGGAUAGACAGUUGCUUUGCCUGAUUGAUUAUUAUGAAUCUAAAAUUAGAAAAAUUCAUCAGCAAAGACUAUGGAAAGAAGAUGAAAGUCAGUCAGAAGAAGAAAAAGACCAUACAAGCCUGGAUGCCUCACCAAGUUAUAAAGGCCUCCUAAUGUCAUUACAGAAUCAACUCCAGGAAUCGAAAUCCAGGAUUGAUGUACUUUUAAGUGAAAAGCUGAACCUCCAAAAAGAUUUGGAAACCAGGCCCACACAGCAUGAAUUAAGACUUUAUAAACAACAAGUGAAGAAACUGGAAAAAGCCCUUAAGAAAAACAUCAAAUUACAGGAGCUUAUCAGCCAAAAAAAGGCUGAGGACCCAGAGAAGAAAGGUGAGGAGCCCAGCAAAGAGAACCAGCAACAGGCCCUCAUUGAUCACAGAUACUUUCAGGUGCUGUGUAGCAUCAAUUCAAUUAUUCAUAAUCCAAGAGCUCCAGUAAUAAUUUAUAAACAGAGCAAAGGAGGAGCCCAACAUUUUAAUAAAGGUUUUGUUCAAGAUUGUGGAUUUGAGCAUCUUAUUCCUAUAAUAGAAAUGUGGGCAGAUCAACUGACAUCCCUGAAGGAUUUGCAUAAGUCCUUGAAAAUACUGUCUGCACAGCUGGUGCCUUGGCAUAAUUUAAAGAAGCAGGAUGAAAAUGAAGGUGUUAAAGUGGAAGAUCUUUUGUUUAUAGUAGAUACCAUGCUGGAAGAAGUUGAAAAUAAAGAGAAGGACAGUAAUAUGCCAAACUUUCAAACUUUACAAGCUGUUGUUUCUCACUUCCAAAAAUUGUUUGAUGUGCCUUCUUUGAAUGGAGUCUAUCCUCGAAUGAAUGAAGUUUAUACUAAGCUUGGAGAAAUGAACAAUGCUGUAAGAAACCUCCAAGAACUCCUAGAACUAGAUAGUUCUACUUCAUUGUAUGUGCUGGUAAGCACAGUUGGAAAAUUGUGUAGGCUGAUUAAUGAGGGCAUGAAUGAACAGGUUAAGCAGGUAUUGGGACCUGAAGACCUCCAAAGCAUUAUCAACAAAUUGGAAGAACAUGAGGAAUUUUUCCCAGCAUUUCAGGCAUUUACUAACGAUCUACUUCAAGUCUUAGAAAUUGAUGAUGUGGAUGCCAUUGUACCUGCAGUAAAGAAAUUAAAAGUACUUUCAUACUGAAAAUGAAUCAAAUCAUUUUUACUGUGUAAAUUGCAUUUUUAGGCAGUCUAAAUAUUUUAUAUGGUUAAUCUUAUUCGGAGACAGGAACUAAAAAAUUUAUUCACUCUCAGAAUUCGCCUUGUCUUAGAAUUGGUUCCCUCUCUAUCCAUACAAUUUUUUUUUUUUAACUUUUUAGGUUUUUAUACAGAAAACAGUUACUGAAUUAAUUGGACUUUAGAUCGCCCUAAUUGCUUCUUAAACAAUUCUUGAUUGAAUUAUGUCUCCAAAAAACUGUGUGUAUCAACUUGGUUAGGCCAUGAUUCCCAGUAUUCUGUGGUUGUCCUCCAUUUUGUGAUUCUAAUUUUACGUUAAGAGGAUUAGGGUGGGAUUGUAACACCACCCUUACUCAGUUCACCUCCCUGAUCAAAUGUAAAGGGAGUUUCCCUGAGAUAUGUCCUGCACCACCUUUUAUCUCUCAAGAUAAAAGGAAAGGGAAGCAAGCAGAGAGUUGGGGACCUCAUACCACCAAGAAAGAAGCACCAGGAGCAGAGCGUGUCCUUUGGACCUGGGGUCCCUGUGCCUGAGAAGCUCCUCCACCAGAGGGAGAGUGAGGACAAAGACCUUCCUCCAGAACUGACAGAAGGAGAAAGACUUCCUCUGGAGCUGAUGCCCUGGAUUUGAAUUUCUAGCCUACUAGACUGUAAGAAAAUAAAUUUCUCCUUGUUAAAGCCAUCCACUUGUGGUAUUUCUGUUAAAGCAGCACUAGAUGACUAAGACAAGGAGCUAAAAUAUAAGGUUCUUUUAAAGUAGAAUGUGUAAGUAAAAGAGAAACUUAGGGAAAGAUACUGCAAGUAAUAGAAAGAUUGCAUUGGAGUUUAGGGUUCAGGGAAACAGGAAUGCCAACGGCUCUCUUAAGUCCUGCCAGUAGGAAGCUAUUGCUUUCCUGGCAAGGAUUAAAUGGCACAUUAUAUUAAGAUAGGUCUCAUGGCAGUUGGCCUUUCAAAGCAGGAGGAAGAAACGGAAAAAAGAAAAUGUUUUAUCAUUAUGUUAGGUUAGGAAAUGAAUCAUGGGUAAAAUAGAGAGUAGAUAGAAGUCCCUCAUUUAAAAGAAAAAAAAGUGCCUUUUUGCAAUCUUGAUUAUAAUGUAUUUUUUAUAAGAUCUUAAAUAAAAUUUUUAUAAAGACUUUUCAAACAUAAUUGUCAUCAGUGACUUAUUUGUAUUACUCACAAAUAAUGAGUCAGAUUCGCUUCCUAGGCUGAGCCUUCCUUGGGCAACUGGUACACCCUUGCUACAUUUAACGUUAGAGUACUUUUCUUGCGCCUUGUGCUUAUUCUCUGUUAACAACAGUCAGUCCGACUAUCUUAAGGAACCAGUGUUCACACCUAUGAGUACAAACCACUUCAGGCUACCUCCUCCUCCUACCUUUGGUAAGUAGCAGGUCUGGGAAGACUUCUCAGUUAUUCUUGUUGCUUGUAAUGUAGAAUAUUGUAAAGCAUUUCCAGGAAGCAGCAUAGUAGGAUGGAGACAGUGAACAAGCAUCCACAUCCUUAGUGUUGUGACUUUGCCUUAGGAAGCAGAUAAUACCUUAGAUUCCUUCUGGAUUUAAAAUUCUUUGUUUUAUUAGCCUGCAAUUACAUUUAUAAUCACUAGCCUACAAUUUGUGGAAGAAUCUGUAUCUUUGAGGUAUAGAAAAAGUAUUUAGAUAUUCAGAAAGGUAAAAACUAUGAAUUGAUUAGAUUACUCUAAGGAAUUGCUGUGAAACAAUUUGGAAAUCUAAUAUUUGAAAGGAAGAAAUGUAAUUAAAAAAAAAACUUUACACCUACAAUUUCGCAGCUAGCUUAAGAGCCUACAGUUAACUUUUAGUUUAAAACAGAGGUCUUCAAACUAUUCCUCAGAGGCCUAGGGACUUCUUGAAUGUGCCUCAGGGACCAUGGAGAAAGUCAGUAGGAAGGGCUUUAGGCCCAUCCCUUAUCAGAUCCACUUUUGCCCAAUUUUAAUUAUUUACAGUAUAAGUCAGUAAGCACUGAAAUUAUUGUUUUGCUCUUAAUUUUUUUGUUUUGUUUAACAGUUUUAUUGAGGUGUAGGAGUCCUGGCGACACAGUGGUUAAGAGCUAUGGCUGCUAACCAAAAGGUUAGCAGUUUGAAUCCGCCAGCCGCUGCUUGGAAAUCCUGUGGGGCCCUUCUACUCUGUGCUGUAGGGUCACUAUAAAUUGAAAUUGCUUGACAGCAACAAGUUUCUUUUUUGUUUUGUUUUAUUUGACAUAUAAUAAACCACACAUAUUUAAAGUGUACAAUUUGAUAAGUUCUAAUACAUGUAUACACCCAUGAAAGCAUCACCAUAAUCAAAAUAAUCAACAUACCUGUCACGGCAAAAGUUUUCUCUUUGCCUAUAGUAAUCCCUCCCACUCCUUCCUAUUCCUAGGCAACAACUGAU